CUGGGCAUGCGCGAGCGGGCCCUGAGCCCGGUGGGUCCAGCACUCAGGUAGCGCGCCGUGGCGCGGCCAGCGACCGGCUACUUCACUCGCGACACUUUGGUGACUUCAGUCGCCCCUCGGACCCAUCCAGGACCUUGGCCUCCUUGAGGACAGCGCGCCGCCUGCGGCGCCUGGGACCACCGGCCGGCCGCGUCCUCACGUGCGGAGGCCGCCGCAGUGACCCCGCCCCCGGGCCCAGGAUGUGAGGCCCGCGGGGCGUCCUCGCACUGGGCCUGGGCGCCGGGAGUGGCCGGCUCGGCAGCGCCGGGCGAUGGCCCUGCUGCCGGUGCUCCUCGCCUCCUGGAGCCUGGAGCAGUGACGGGGCCGGCGGGCGAGGGCGAGGUGGCCGCGGGCGCCAUGGAGGGGGUGCUGUAUAAGUGGACCAACUAUCUGAGCGGUUGGCAGCCUCGGUGGUUCCUUCUCUGUGGGGGGAUAUUAUCUUACUAUGAUUCUCCUGAAGAUGCCUGGAAAGGUUGCAAAGGGAGCAUCCAGAUGGCAGUCUGUGAAAUUCAAGUUCAUUCUGUAGAUAACACACGCAUGGAUCUCAUCAUCCCUGGGGAACAAUAUUUCUACCUGAAGGCCAGAAGUGUGGCGGAGAGACAGCGGUGGCUGGUAGCCUUGGGGUCAGCCAAGGCUUGCCUGACAGACAGUAGGACCCAGAAGGAAAAAGAAUUUGCUGAAAACACUGAAAACUUGAAAACCAAAAUGUCAGAACUAAGACUCUACUGUGAUCUUCUUGUUCAGCAAGUAGAUAAAACGAAAGAAGUGACCACAACCGGCGUGUCCAGUUCUGAGGAGGGAAUUGAUGUGGGAACUCUGCUGAAAUCAACCUGUAACACUUUUCUCAAGACUUUGGAAGAAUGCAUGCAGAUUGCAAACGCAGCCUUCACUUCUGAGCUGCUCUACCGCACACCUCCAGGGUCACCUCAGCUGGCUAUGCUCAAGUCCAACAAGAUGAAACAUCCUAUUGUACCGAUUCAUAAUUCAUUGGAAAGGCAAAUGGAGUUAAACAGUUGUGAAAAUGGAUCUUUAAAUAUGGAAAUAAAUGAUGAUGAAGAAAUCCUAGUGAGAAACAAGAGCUCCUUAUGUUUGAAACCUGCAGAGACAGAUUGCAGCAUAUCAAGUGAAGAAAAUACAGAUGAUAAUGUAACAGUCCAAGGUGAAAUGAUGAAGGAAGAUGGAGAGGAAAGCCUGGGAAAUCAUGACAGCGACUUGGCACAGCCUGAAUUGCACUCCACCAACAGCUCUCCAGAAUCCCAUUGGGAAGAAGACCAAGAAGUUAUCCCAACUUUCUUUAGUACCAUGAACACCAGCUUUAGUGACAUUGAACUUCUGGAAGACAGUGGCAUUCCCACAGAAGCAUUCUUAGCAUCGUGUUAUGCUGUGGUUCCAGUAUUAGACAAACUUGGCCCUACGGUGUUUGCUCCUGUUAAGAUGGAUCUAGUUGGAAAUAUUAAAAAAGUAAACCAGAAGUAUAUCACCAACAAAGAAGAGUUUACCACACUCCAGAAGAUAGUGCUACACGAAGUGGAGGCCGAUGUAGCCCAGGUUAGGAACUCAGCUACGGAAGCCCUCCUGUGGCUGAAGAGAGGUCUCAAAUUUUUGAAAGGAUUUUUGACUGAAGUGAAAAAUGGAGAAAAGGACAUCCAGACAGCCCUGAAAGUGGUCUUCCUAGGCCUGUUUCAGGACCCAGCCGAAAUUCUCUGCUUCCCUCUUCUCCUGUUAGACUGCCUGGCUGGUGUUUUGCCCAGUGGAACUCUUCUCUUGGCAAGAUGCAGGCACAGCAAAGAACAGCUGCCUCCUCUAGAAGGACCAGAUAAUGCAUAUGGUAAAACUUUACGGCAACACCAUGGCUGGGUGGUUCGAGGAGUUUUUGCGUUAGCUCUGAGGGCAGCUCCAUCCUAUGAAGAUUUUGUGGCUGCGUUAACCAUUAAGGAAGGCGACCACCAGAAGGCAGCUUUUGGCGUUGGGAUGCAGAGGGACCUCAGCCUUUACCUCCCUGCCAUGGAGAAGCAGCUGGCGAUACUGGACACUUUAUACGAGGUCCACGGACUGGAGUCUGAUGAGGUGGUAUGACAUCUGCAGGGUAGCACUGCCUCCUCACUUCAGGGAAUAAAGUUUGCUAAAGUGUUUUGUUGCCCGACUUAAAUUUCCAGCAGUAGCUCCAACUCUCUCCAAUCUCUUACUUGGGGAAUGGAGAGGGGAAGGCAAAGCCUAGUGCUUUUAUAUAUAAUUUUUUCAAUGCUGUUUGUUUCAUGUGUUUAAAAAUCAAGGUGCUAUAUAUUUAGUUCAAAAGGCCUCAUGGAAAACCAAAUCAUAGCUGUUAUGUAGAUGUGAACAGCAAGUUAUAAGAACAAAUUUGACAAAUGAAUUUGUUAGUUUUAUGUUUUGUUUUUAGCUUUUAGUUUUAAUGGGUCACCCAAACCCAAGCUGAAAAUGAGCAAUUUUCUGUAUCAAGGAUUGUAACUCAUAGCCAGUAUUUCAGUCAACUUAGAUUAGUCUAAAAUUUUCAAGGGAGUUAGGCCCCUCUGUUGAAGCUAUUGAAAAUGUAGAGUUUGCUAUUCCUAGAUGUUCUGCAGAGAAUUCUCUUCUCCAUGGCUCCGUGGGCCAGAAGAACCUGUGUAUUCAACACAUCCGGUACACUGGUUGUGACCAAGCAGUACCAUCCCAUUUACAGGUGGAGAGACUGGCCCUGAAGAGAUGAGUGGUAUGUCCUUGCCCCGAGCCGGAGGAUAAUACGGGAGAGGUGGGUGGGUCAUCUGAGGUGACCCCUGUGCAGUACACACAGGGGUUGCCGUCUGCUUUCCCCUGCAUCAUCUCAGUUGGACAUCAUGGCAAAACCAUGGUAUUCAGGGAUUAUUAUUAAACUUCGUAAGUAAGGUUUAGAGGUCAAGGGAUAGGCUCAGUCACAUAGCCACUAAAUAGAGGAACCACGUGAUUUUGAUUUCCAUGUGUGACCUGGACCACCUCUGCAUCAAAAUCACAUGGAGAACUUGUUUGAAAAUUAAAUUCCCAGGCCUUACCUUGACCUGAAGAUUCAUAAUUGUGGGAGUAGGACUCAGGAUAAUAAACCUCGAAUUUGAAUAAAUUUUACAAGGUAUUCUUGUGCAACAGGGUUGAAGAACUAUGAGAUUAAAUUAUAGUUUAUGGAAUUCCCAGUCUUCUGCAUGAACUAAAUGUAUCCUUUCUUGCAAAGAGGAGGAGGCUAUCACUGGAGUGAAGUAGUUAAAAGGAGAGUGAGAAGUGGAGCGAGUUUACUCGACAACUUUCUUAACUGAACCAGCAGGCCUUGGUGUUGUCCCCAGGGGCCACAGUUUCGAAUGUGCUCUCUGACCAGUCUUGGCUUAAUCGCCACUAGUGCAGAUGAGCUAAAUGCAGCUGCGUAUCUGUCUCGAGAGCUUUGGGACCAUGUCACAGUUUAAAAGUGGGAUUUUUAAGUCUUUCAUGAAACAACCCAAAGAGUGUGACAUGAUGCCAGGACUGUGGCCUCAGUCCCGCAGGAAGCCAGGCUGCCAGGAGUGGGCGUGGGGGAGAGGCCACCGGUGCCUUCUGUGCCAGAGACUACUAGCUUAAAGUCGCUGGAAGUAAAGGUCCAGCACGAGGUAGCUCCCCGGCUGGAAGUGGUGUUCCUUGAGGGGUCCAGGGGAUGCUGCUCCGAGAGCAAAGAGAACCCUCUCCUUGGGUGAGAGGUUGCUAUGGGGAAGGGUACUGAUUUGGUCUUUUUGUCUGUCUUUAAACAGAUGAGUGGGCAACUAACGUAGCUCAAAUUAUUGAAUUGGGUACUCUGUACAAUAAGGACUUGUGGAAAAUGCUUAAACUUUAGAAAAACAGCAUCAGAUAUUUUAAGGCUGGAGAGACAAAAAGUGCUGAAGUGACACUGAUUCUUUCAUAUCUUAGCACUUGCUGUUGGCAGCUGCCAAGGUGUGUGUGUUGUCUCCUUCACUCCCACAAGUAAUUAGUGUGCAUCUCCUUCUCUGGCUAGUGUGGGCAUGAUGGCAGGACUCGGGGAUGAUUUAGACUUCCUGCCCUUCACAGAGCCUCCUAAAGAGAAGAAAAAAGCCACCAGCCUUUGCUUUACGUUGAGUGAAUGUGCCAUCAGGUGAGGAGGCUACCUGGAGAUUGUAAGUGUUGUGAAGCAUGACCAUUUUGAGCAAAUGCUGGUGCUUCCUGUCACCUCAGGUGAACUGCUGUGGUCCCUGGCAGAGGUGGGCUCACGGAAAAUACCUCAGAUUUUCCACCGAGGCUCUGAAUACACACAAAAAGAAAGCUGCUCAACAUAACCAUUUCACAUUUAUAUAGGUACUGCCUUGGCAUAUAUGACCCAGUUUUCUGGAGAAGAUUUCAUAUUAUCUGGGAUCUUUGGUCAGAGAAGCUUGAAUAACUUGAAUAAGUCACAUUAUCUACUCAACACUUUUCCAGCCCUAGAGAAAGGGGGUAAUGUUUUUUAAUAGAUAUUUUCCUUAUUGGAGCAUGUUAAGUUUACCUGAGAUGUGUAAAGCUCUAGAAAUUGAAUUAUCAUCAUACUAGAUGAUAAAUUCAAUUUGACCUGAAGCUUGACACAGUCAGAGCUUUAUCCUGGACCUUUACUAUUUGCUUCUCCAUUUUACUUAAAGUCACAAUUUGUGCUAAUUUCCAUUUACUAUCUAAGAAGAAGACAAAGAGAAAAGAAGAGUUAAGCCUUUCUCUCCAGAAUCCUCGCAAGAUUCCUGGGGCUUCCAAGCUUUCUUUCAUUCUGAUAGUGAGAGGAGAUGGGAAAAUGGUAUUAUGUUGGUAGAGUAAUCACCUUGCUCAAACAUUUUUAGGAUUCCCUUUCUAGAUUAACCUUUAGAGAGAUCUUGAAGGAAAAUAGAAGGUAAUGUGUCUUCUCGGUAUCAUUAGAAGCUAAUAAGUAGCAUUUGAACAAUCUCUCACAAGGUACUUUCAUACACAUAAUUUCAUUCACAUCUAUACUUCUUCCAACGGCAGAAGCCAGGCCUUACACUUAGGAGGGAUUAACGUAUGUUUGUCUAACUGAACAAAACAAAAUCCUGUUAAUGAUUGCAAUUUUUUGUCCUUUGAAAGCAAAUUUGAUUCAUUGUAUCUAAUCUUGACAAAAAUGCUAAGUUAGAAGGGGGUACCUUUUGGGGAAGAAACCAACUUGUGUUUUUGAAGUGGAGAUGAUUUUCUCAUCACCUCUUGAUCCAGCUCUACAGGAAGUAUAGAAAUGGGGCUCUUGGAAUGUUGAGCACAUCUAUCCCCAGGAAAUUGACUUUGAAAGGCAGCGUUUGUUAGGAUGUAUAAGUAUUGACUUCAGGGGCCUUGUCAUCAUUAUUUGUGUCAUUCUGAAUAUAAAUCCUCCCAAUGUCAUAUUCCAUGAUGAGGGAUAUCUGAACUCCAUAGUUCAGUCCUGCUGCCUCUCUCUCCUCUUCUGUUAUUAAUGGUUGUGAAUAGUACCCUCAUCAGAGUACCAAACCCAUCCCCCCUUUUAACUGUUUUGCUCUAUUCCUCAGCAGCAGCUUUCUGGCACAUAGGUGGAGCAUCUGGCACCGGCCUAGCCGGGGUCAGGUGCCCAGCCAAUGAGGAUUCUCUCUUAGUCUGCGAGCGCUUCUUAAAGAACCCCUGUCCCAGUGUAUAGCUGUGAAGCAGGUGACCACAUGGUAUGUACCAUCUAGGAAAAGUGAUAUGUUAUUAGAUAAAUGCUGCUGGAAAGAUUUACAGCCUUCUCUUUUUGAUUAUUAAUUACACACACGCACAUAUAUCCAUCCCUAAAGUUAAUGUUUUCAGUUUCCUAUUUUUGGAAAAGUGUUUUUAAUUAGGAAAAGCUUGUGGUAGGGACCAAUAAAUAAAUUACACUUUUCUUUAUUAAAUUUGAAGUAAACUAAAAGAGCUGAAGCAAGAGGUAUCUUAUUAAAGAAACCAAAUCUGAUGGUGAAAAAUCAGAAGAAAUAUCAUUUAAGUCAGUAAGGAAAGUCAGAGGGUUAUGAGCAAUACAAGAUGUGAUUUUGGGAGCUUCCUGGAAGAAAACUGUUCUUACGUUUUUUUCCUACUAAAUGACCAUGUACUAUAAGAAGCUGGUUACAUGAUGGUGCAUUUCUGAAUCACUUGCUUCUGAUUUUAGUUUUGUUUUUUUUUUUUAUAAUUCUUCAGCUUUCCUGCCCUCAUGUUUGAUUUCUUUUUUUUCAAGUGAAGUGUCAACCUUUAAAAAUUUUUUUCGAUUUAGAAUUUAUGAGUACAGUACAUCCUAAGCCAUUGUUCUGUUAGCUGAGCUAAUGUGUUUUGUCUUGGAAUGCCUGACUUCCAUGCUCUUUGUGAUCUGGUGGAAUCUGUACAUGAGCUUCAUUGUCAACAGUAACCCAUGUCCCUGUGACAUGCACGUAGAGUGCUUUACUUGGAAACACACUCUGCUUCCAGGCGGCCCUUCAUUGUCUGCAGUUGCUUACUCAGGGGUUCAUAAUAAUGUCAUAAAAAUCCCCACUAGCUGUCUAAUAGUAUUUUAAGACUGUUUAUCUAUUAAUAGGGUGUAGGGGUCCUUUCAGCAAUUCCAUGAGCGUACUGUUCACUGGACCUCCUCUGGAAAUGCCCCCAGACCCGUCCUGGCACAGGCAGUAGCCGUGUGCAGAGGCCAUCUGCAUGAUUUCUCAUCGCACUGCUGCCUCAGGGCACUUGGAAGUGACCCUCAGCAGUACAGGUGACACAGGUGUUGAUCUUUCUUCUGCACCAUUUCUGUAUAACCUUUCAUUUCAAAAGGAGAAAACAGCACUCCUGCGGAACACAAGUUUUCCAAAUUCUUUGGUUACCCUUUUUAACCACUUCUCCUUCAGAGUAAACACUUUCUCAGCUACACUAUGUGAGAACACAGGAAAGAGACCUUGCUUGUUCUAAGCACUAGGCUUUCUAUCUUAUGUAUUUUAAAGUCCGAUCAGUAUUUCCUCCCAGACUUUGUAAACAGAAGCCACUCUGGGAUGCUUGGUACCCCUAGCAAAGCUGAUCUCAUCCACAGAUUCCCACAUAUCUGUGUCUAUUUAUAGCUGUAUUAUGGAGUCAGUUGUGACGAGAAGGGUGAUCUGGAAGUAAUUCUGUUGCUUCCCAGAAGGCUAAUGAGCCAGUCUCGUGGCAUGUUUGAUGCGUGAGUCCCCGGUGUCAUGACAAUUUCCCUGGAAUGUCAGUAAGCAGCCCAACUACCUCAUGUGAAAUUGGCUGUGGACAAUCUGUGUCAGAUGAGACAUUGUUAAGGUUGAUUUAAUCUGGUUAAUAGAUUGGACAACAUAAUGUCUCUGUAAAGAAGAAACACAUUAGACCAGAUGCCAAAGGCUACUAUGUACAUAGAUUUCCUUGGAUUGCUUUUUAAAGUCAGUGUUUAAUUCUGCCCCCAGUAUUCUCAUCUCAGUUGGUUGUGAUUUCAUAGAUCCAUGCACUUUGAAUAUCUGUCACAUGCAGUCCUAUGUUACCUGUUCUUGUCCUUCAGCGUUUUGAAUGAGCAUCAUAAUGACGGUGGAAAGCAAGUGUCCAGUGGUUUGUUGAUUCCUUAAUUUUAAUGGACAUUUACUUAGAUAUAAUGUGUUGGAGCCUUCAAGGAUCAACUGGAUAAAUGAGAAUUUCAUGUUUAGGUUUCAUGUUAAACUCUGUCCAAGUUCAUACUCUGUAUUUUGUGGGGAGGGGGAACAAGGGAGGGAUUUACUUUUUUUGCAAAAGUAUUUGAAAACAUUUGUCAGAUUUUAUAUUCAUUAGUUAUAAUAAACUUAUUUUUCAAGUAUUUUA